AGCAUCACACGAUCGAAUGCGAACUCGAGUGCAGACUCUGUUCUAUCCUCCUCAUCCAUGCAGAAACCCUACUACAUAACGACGCCGAUUUUUUACGUCAAUGCUUCACCUCACAUUGGACAUCUGCAUAGCAUGAUCCUAGCCGAUGUAUGCGCUCGCUGGGCCGCAUACAAAAGGGGGGAUGUGCAUGCUGGAGGUCUUGAGUUGAACGACCCCGCAGAUCAAAGCGGGACGAGUGCGCCAGUAGCGAGAGACAGCAGAGCGGAAGGGACGAGAUCAAAUGCGCUCUUGGCCACUGGGACGGAUGAGCAUGGUCAGAAGGUGCAGCGCGCGGCUUCGCAGCGAGGUGAACAUCCCAAGCAAAUGUGCGAUCAAGUCAGUGGGACCUUCAGAUCACUGGCGUCUGCUGCUGGUCUAAUGCAACACACUUUCAUCCGCACGACUGAUGAAAAGCAUGUCAAAGCUGUCCAGCAUCUAUGGCGUCGACUAGAUGCCGCAGGUCACAUCUACAAGGGCUCACAUCAAGGUUGGUACGCCAUCUCGGACGAAGCCUUCUACACCGAUUCUCAGAUUCGUAAAGUGCAAUCAGGGUCCGGAGAAGAGUAUCACGAGUCCAUCGAGACGGGUCAGCGCGUGGAAUGGCAUUCGGAAUCCAACUACAAAUUCAGACUCUCCACUUUCAAAGAACCAUUGAUACAUUGGAUCGAAGAGAAUCCGCAGUGCAUAUUGCCUAGCGCUCGAAGGGAUCAAGUGCUGAACGAGCUCAAGGAAGUGGGCUUGGAAGACCUCAGCGUGUCUAGACCCAGGAACAGACUGGAGUGGGGCAUACAGGUACCAGACGAUCCGGAACACACAAUAUAUGUGUGGAUCGACGCCCUCACGAACUACCUGACGGUUGCCGGCUACCCGUGGGACGAUGGGCACGUCCCCACCAGCAGUGCCUGGCCCGCAGACGCUCACAUUCUUGGCAAAGAUAUCAUCCGCUUCCACGCAAUCUAUUGGCCCGCCAUGCUCCUAGCGGCCUCGCUUCCACUUCCCGAGAAGAUCGUGACCCAUGGACACUGGACCUCUUCCAACAAAAAGAUGUCAAAGAGCUUGGGAAACGUUCAGGAUCCUUUCGAGAGCUUGAUAUUGUUCGGACGGGACGAGAUCAGAUGGUUUUUAUUGAGGAUCGGAGGUAGAUUGGAUGGCGAUUCGGACUGGUCCCCUGGCAAGCCCGAAGAAUACAUUCGAAAGUUUUUAGCGGGUCAGAUAGGGAACUUGGCUUUGCGCUUGAGGAGCCCUAAGCUGCUCUCUGAUGCGCUUGGGGCCGAUUCGGCAUCAAAGGCGCAGCAUGCGCCCUCUCAGGAAGGAGAACAAGGCGAAGCGAAGCUGGUCUUGCGUAAAGACGGAUCGGAUGGAGCGAAGGAAGGCGUGCGGGUGCACGAGUCGGCCGAGGACUUGUUGGCCAAGAUCGCAGCUCUACCUGGUGAGAUGCACGCGUGGGACGAGCGCUGGCCAGCUUCGCUUUGGGUUGAAGCGAUCAAGUCUGAUGCCAAUGCGUUCAUGACGAACUCGGCACCGUGGUCCAAAACCCUCAUGCCAGCCGAGCGUCGAAUGAUACUCUACGCUCUGCACGAGACUAUACGCGUCGUCAGCGCGCUGCUCAAACCUUUUAUGCCGGGCAAGAUGAGCCAGCUC